GAGAAAACCAACAUUACAAACUCGAGCUUGCUUGGUACCGGCUGACUGUUCUGUGAUCACAGGCGACAGGGCAAACAUGGAUUCAGAUUUGUCCCUCAUCAAGAACUCUGCUUUUAAAGGGAUUUACUCUUUGGUCGGAUUGGCAGCAGUGAAUUUUCUGUUGCUUCCAGGAAUCUGCCUCCUCGACCUGUCGGAUGUGUCAAAUGCUGAACCAUCUGUCCCUGUUUCAGAGGACAACAACGCAGAAAUACUACUCCUGGUCUGGCAUAACAUGGAAAAAAAACCUCGUGAUUGCUGGGAAAGCUUUCGGAUCAGUGGGUGUACAAUCACUGGAGACAGGAGCAUGUACAACAAGGCUGAUGCUGUGGUCAUGCGGCACCGGUUAGUAAACGUUGCCGAAACAUCUCCGUUGCCUCCAGAACCACGACCACCUGCGCAAAAGUGGAUAUGGUUCGAAAUGGAGUCUCCCUCACAUGCUUUUAGACUGUGGAAAUAUGAAGGUAUUUACAACCUCACACUGAACUUCCGAGAGGAUGCUGAUAUCUUUGUGACUUUGGGGUAUUUAAUCCCAAAUGUGUUAUUACAUAAAAUUCCUCAGACCCGUUUUGCAUAUCGGCUCAACUCCUCCUGGAAUCCUCGUCCUGGCUUUGUGGCCUGGGUGGUCAGCCACUGGGAAGAUCAUUUGGAGCGUGUGCACUUCUACAAACUUCUUAAAGAGUACAUUAAAAUUGAUCUUUUUGGGCGUGCAGGGAACAGAACCUUACCAAAAGGCAAGUACAAUGUGGUUAAAAUGUUGAGACGGUACCGCUUCUACCUGGCCUUCGAGAACUCUCAGCACACCGACUACAUCACAGAGAAGCUGUGGAAUGCGGUGCGCGGCGGCGCCAUCCCGGUGGUCCUGGGUCCGUCCAGGAAGAACUACGAGCGCUUCCUGCCCCCCGAGGCCUUCAUCCACGUUGAUGACUUCCCCACAGUGCAGGAGCUGGCCCUGUACCUGCUGAAGGUGAAGGACAGUCCAGCUCUGAUCCAGAUGCACCUCAGCUGGAGGAAAGACUACAGUGUGUACGUGACGUUCAUGUGGAGUGAGUUCUACUGCAGAGCCUGCAAGGUGGUGAGAAUGAGGAAAGGCAAGAUUGAUGUGGUCAAAAACCUUACAGCAUGGUAUACUUCAUGAUAUCUCAUGAAAAACUAAGGAGUAUUUGGGAUUCCCAUGUAACAUGAUGUGCUUUUAGUAAGAUUUUGUUGUUUGACAGGUUAAAUUACUGAACUAAUAAACAAAGAUAAAUAUUUUUGCUCCAUUGUUUUUGCUAAAUUUCCAGAAAUACUGCUCUACUUGAGAUUCCACUGCUGUGUGUAGUAUUUUGUACUUUUGCAUGAUCAUAAAUAAUUGAUGAUUGUUUUCUCUGAAAUUUCCAUUCAUUCAUUGUAAUUUAUCCUCUAGAUACUUUCACCAUGCACAGCUUUGCUUGUGUGUGUGUGUGGGUGUAUAAAUGAGUGGGUGUUUUGCAGGUAACCUUUUUGAC